AACCAUCAUAAAUCACAACGGGAUCGAAAAAUGGCGGUGACAACAGCAAAACGCUGAUGUUUUUUACUGCUGAAAAAUCAAAUUUUCCUCCACGAUGGCCUCAGCGAUGCUAGCAAAUUCUGCCAAAACAACGUCGGAACUAUGCUGCCGGUGCAACCUGCCGAAGGAAGCGCCCAAAACCAGCUCGGGGCCGUCCUCUCAGUUCCGCUACAUUUGCCGCCUGUGUUUGAUGCGUGCGGAGGACAUUGAACCGAUCUUUAUCCAUCCGGGCGAUAAAACGCUGGCCAACAAGAUAUUUGCCUGCACCGGUGUGGAGAUCGAUGAAAACGUGACCGUUGGACCAUCGAAUAUCUGUAUGACUUGCAAGUCUACGAUUUACAAGAGUUAUCAGUUCCUGGAGUUGUGCCAGAGAAACAAUAAAAUUAUCCAAAACUUGCUGGCGAGUCAUGAGAAAACGGUCGAACCGAACGGCUCGUCCGGAAAUGGGCUACGGAUGGUCAUUCGUACUGCACCGCAGCCACCGAGCACGUCAAACAAAAAAUCUCCGCCAAAACGUCGAAGGUUGAACUCGCGCCGAAAGUCGGUUCGCAGCAGUCGGGAAUCAUCGUCGACCAGUGCGAGCGACAUCUCGUGGAGCGAUUGCGACGAGGAAAAGGACGAUCCGAACGAGGAUGUGGACGAAGUUAUGCCCUUCCGGCAGGUGGCGUACGAAACCGACACGCAGGAGGAUUCGUUCAAACGAAAACGAGCAGAAGCAAGCAGCGAGGCCAGAGUUCCUUUGCUGAUUAUUCCACGGAACCGUCUGAAUAGUACAACGCGGGAUGAAAGAACCGGUCGAACGUCGGCAUCUUCAACGGUUGACCCGGUCGGACCCGACGAUCAGUUCCAAUGUGAGUUCUGCUACGUGUCCUUCCCGUAUCGCUUGCAAAUCCGACAGCACAUUGAUCUCCACCACGCGGACCGAAAGCACGAACUGUCUUGCAAGUCCUGCUCAAAAACAUUCUUCACGACCACCACGCUGCGCAAACACGUCGAGGAGAAGCACGCAACCGGUCCGAUCUCGUGCGAUUUGUGCCAACGGACGUUCACCAGCCAGCAAGGCCUCCAGCAACACCACCGGUCAAUUAUGCACCGCGCUGCUCUCGGUGAAGCCGUCUACCCUCGUCGCCGAAGAUCGUCCUGCGUAAGCAUUCCAUCGUCGUCGGGUCGGCGCAAUUCCGUCAGUGCCGGAUACGAAAGUGACACCUCCCAACGGGCACGAUCCUCAUUCGACGAGGAUUACAACCCGUACGCAAACGUCUGCUACGACGAGCUGAUCACCUAUCAGUGUGACUAUUGCGAUCUUCGCUUCGACGAUUGUCAAAGUCUGGCAAAGCACACCGACGUCCGGCCGUGUCAGGUCGCGCUCGAGCCGCUCAAUUUGGACCUGCUACUGGAAACGAUGGACUUGGACGAGCUGCUGCAGCCGCUUAACAACGUGCCGGACGACAUUACGAUCAUUGAACCGCCCAUCGAAAUCGUCGAUCUUACGUGACAGCCUGCGACGGUUGUGUUGAAGAUCAAAUUUCGAACGCGCCAGCCAAUGGGCGGUGGAAGGUAGUCUGGCGAAGGAAGAUCAGCUUACCAAAUAUGAAUCAAAAGGUUCACCUUACUUGAACACGUGCAUUUCUAACUAACGUAAGAGAAGAUAAACCAUUUGUAGCUUA